AUCGUGCUGUCACUCAUAGCCGCCCCACGGUGUGACGUAGUGCUUUCUUCUCCGCUAGGUCUGCAGCUCCGGACUGAGAUCCCCCGAGCUGCGGAGCUGCCGAGUCUGGCGCUGCGGAUCUCGGCGAGAUUUCGCACUGCCCGCCGUCGGCAUUUCAUUGAUAAUCGGUAGCGGAUCACUUUCCUAAGACCUGGGAAGAACAAAGGAAUAAAGAAGGAGACGCUCGGCUCCUGGCCGUCUUGCUCGGAGUGGCUGCCUCUUCCGCUCGCUCCUAUCCGGAGAAGCUGGGCUUAUAAUCGUCACUGGAUUGUAAGUACCCAAGGCGAAGAAAGCUCACUGCGUUCUGCUUUUUGAAUACCUUUGUUCCGGGAGAGAGUGUAAAAUGGGAGUGUCUGCUGGGCCUUACUUUUUGUGUCGAAAAUCAUUUCGCAGAAGCCGCCAUUUGCUUUCCUGCUAGGUAGCUCGGUCUGCAUUGUCCGGCAGCGGCAUCUAGAGGUUGGAACUUGAAUUGCAGCUAAUAGUUUUAAAUGGACUUAAUUGAUUAGUGUCCCUAACGACUGGUAUUUCAAUCACAGCAGAUUUAUAAAGACUUGGGCCUUAAUUCACAGUAGACGCUUAGCUCCUAUUCUGCUUAAAACUUUUGUAAUUAAGGAUUUCAGUUCAUAACAAACUGGCCUCCACCUGUUGUCAGUAGCUGGAACUUAAAGUGCAACAAGUGGUGGUUGAGAAGUGAGUCUCAAAGAAGGAAAGAUGAGUAAGAGCAAAGAUGAUGCUCCUCACGAACUGGAGAGCCAGUUUAUUUUACGGCUACCUCCGGAAUAUGCCUCUACUGUGAGACGGGCAGUACAGUCUGGUCAUGUCAAUCUGAAGGACAGACUGACAAUUGAGUUACACCCUGAUGGACGUCACGGAAUCGUCAGAGUGGACCGGGUUCCAUUGGCCUCCAAAUUGGUAGAUCUGCCAUGUGUUAUGGAAAGCCUGAAAACCAUUGAUAAAAAAACUUUUUACAAGACAGCUGAUAUAUGUCAGAUGCUUGUCUCCACAGUUGAUGGUGAUCUCUAUCCUCCUGUGGAGGAACCAGUUGCUACUACUGAUCCCAAAGCAAGCAAGAAAAAGGAUAAGGACAAAGAGAAGAAGUUUAUAUGGAACCAUGGAAUUACUCUGCCUCUAAAAAAUGUCAGAAAGAGAAGGUUUCGGAAGACAGCAAAGAAGAAGUAUAUUGAAUCUCCAGAUGUGGAGAAGGAAGUGAAGCGGUUGCUAAGUACAGAUGCUGAAGCUGUGAGUACUCGUUGGGAGAUAAUUGCUGAAGAUGAAACAAAAGAAACAGAAAAUCAAGGCCUUGAUAUAUCUUCUCCAGGAAUGUCUGGUCACAGGCAGGGCCAUGACUCAUUAGAACAUGAUGAGCUUCGGGAGAUAUUCAAUGACCUCAGUAGCAGCAGUGAAGAUGAAGAUGAGACGCAGCAUCAAGAUGAAGAAGAUAUAAACAUCAUUGACACUGAGGAAGAUCUGGAAAGACAGCUACAGGAGAAGCUGAAUGAAUCAGAUGAACAGCACCAAGAAAAUGAGGGGACCAACCAACUGGUUAUGGGAAUUCAGAAACAGAUUGAUAAUAUGAAAGGCAAACUACAAGAGACCCAGGAUAGGGCAAAACGACAGGAGGAUCUCAUUAUGAAAGUCGAAAACCUGGCUCUCAAGAAUAGAUUUCAGGCCGUGCUGGAUGAACUCAAACAAAAGGAAGACCGAGAAAGGGAGCAGCUCAGCUCUUUGCAGGAAGAGCUAGAAUCACUCCUGGAGAAGUGAAAAGAGCUCUCGUAUUUAAUUUCAUUCCUAAGACUGCUUUCAUUCCUUAGCAUUGAAAGAAGAAUCUUGGCUUCAUCACACCUGGACUAGAUAUAACUGCAGUAGUUCUCAUUUUCUUCACUGUUAUCUACUGAAUUUGUCUUACAAAUAUGUGAAUUGCUAUCUUGUUUGUCAGAACCACUUUGCUCUGUGUCCUGUAGAAAGUAAGAAUGUAUAGACAGAUAAGUGAUUGUAGGAAAAUUGUAGGCUCAGUGGAAUGAACAGUGUAACCUUAGUAAUUAAAACUUUACUGAAGGAUUUUGCUGCUGUUUCUCCAUUUGCCAGAGUGGCUGUUCCUUCUCUGUGAUGCCAUCAGAAAUCAGUAAGCAGAGUCUAGUGUGCAGGCAGUGAUGUUGGUUUGCAUGUUUUCCCAUGAAGUAGUAGCUAUUUUCCCAGGUAUUCAAAGCGUUCUUAUGUAUGUAGGGUUAUAAACCAUUUCAAAAAGUUGUUUUAACAAUAAAUAAAAGCAACUAAUUUUCACCUCA